AUGGCCUCUCUCACCGCCACCAGGUCCUCUUCCUCUACCGACACAUCCUUCGCCAAGGCGCAUCAUUCUUUGACGAACGAGCAAGGUAAACCUAUUGAUCAGGUGUUCCACUGGAUCCGAGCAAGAGCCCAGGAGACCUUCAGGAAGAAUAAGAGCCAAAAGGACGAGCACCGUAUCCAGAAGUACACGAGCGAUGCCCGCAAGGCUCUCCGUCUCAUAGAACGCGCCAAUCAGAUGGAUCUCAAGUCCGUGAUGCGGAUCCUAAGACUUUCGCAUGGUCUCCAGGGCAAGGACCGGCGGAUCCUUCUUCAGCCAUUUGUUGACUCGACGCGUGCUAGGACUCUAUCGGCCGAUAAACUGUCUGCCGCCAUUAUUGCUUCGGGAUCCUCUACACCCUCACCAACAGCGGCCCCACUGGCUUCUUCGGGGACAAUAAGGGACUCGACAACUCAACAUCGCCUGUCGGAAGAACAAAUCGAGUGGGAGCAGCGGAUUAUGACGACUAUCAAGGCAUGGAACAAAACUGGCGAGGAGCAAAGAAGAAAUCGAUGGGAGACGGGGAGGUUCCAUCCUAGUAUUGGUGGCAAGCCUGCAAAAUCCAACACCCUUACUCUUCGACUCUACCGUAGGAUAUGGCAACAGCUCUUGAACGAAGUUCCUAUUCUGGAUGUCAAACUCUCUGCUCUUGGACCAAGUGAACUUGAGAACAAGGGUGCGCAGGAAGGAUCAUUAAAGGAUGCGAGACUAGAGCGGUCUUUGCCACAUACGCCGGCAUCAACAGCUUACUCAGUCUCGAAAAGUGCACAGGCUCACCAAGCGCGUUCGUCUGCUGGCUUGAAACUUCAGGCCCUCGUCAAUGACUUUGAUCAACUUGGAUUCUCAGAAACUAGUCAACCCCCUCAGGUCAAGCCUAAGAAGAAAGCAACAAGUGCAUGA